AGCCAUUCGGGCCUCCAGUAAAUCAAAUUCCAAGACAAACAGACGAUGAGCUUCAAUGUAUCUCUCGCCCCUUCUUUGACGUCUCCGUCUCCGUCUCUCGUCCCUCUCCACCAUCUUCCUCCUCUCUUCUCCCUCAGAAACACAGUCACGAAUCCAACAAUCCCCACUCGUACACGUCACCAACUGUUCGCAUCCUCUCGUCUGGCUGCAAAAGCAGCCACGUCACCACCGUCAGAGUCAGAGACAGCCAGCGUCAGCGACUUCGUCGUCCUCGAAACAGCUCCGACACCUGCGCACGAAGUCGUCUCCAGCUUCUACGCAGCCAUCAACGUCCACGACUUAUCCUCCGUCACAGACCUCAUCGCUCAGGACUGCGUCUACGAGGAUCUCGUCUUCUCUUCCCCUUUCGUCGGCCGAACGGCGAUUCUAGACUUCUUCGGGAAGUUCAUCGAAGCAACAAGCACGGACCUUCAGUUCGUGAUCGAUGACAUUUCGAAAGAGGACACGUCAGCUGUUGGGGUUUCGUGGCAUUUAGAGUGGAAAGGCAAGAACUUCCCCUUUAGUAAAGGUUGCAGCUUUUACAAGCUACAAGUUAUUGAUGGCAAGAGACAGAUUGUAUAUGGAAGGGACUGCGUCGAGCCUGCAAUCAAACCUGGAGACACUGUUCUGGCUGCUAUAAAGGGAGUUACCUGGCUGCUGCAGAAGUUUCCUCAAUUAGCUGACCAGUUCUGAUGUAAUUAUAAAGCUCCUACUGCCUGAUGAAGUUUAUCACCUUGCAAAUAUAAGUUGUCAUUGUGGUAUAUAGGAAAUAUGCUUCCACAGCAAGUCCCACCGUUGUCCAAAUUGUGUUAAUGGCAGGAAAAUAUAUACUAGUAGUGCCAUACGAUUCUACUCUAAGUAGUCUGUCAUGUGUAUACGGAUUGUUUCCGGUCGGGUGAUAUAGAGGCGUAUAUAUUAUGUGUGUUAUUGACUAAAUAGAGCUCUGUCAUAUGAAUAAGAUAAUAAGAUUCGCGAGUGUCACGUUCA